GUGUAUAAAAUGGCGUAAAAGAUUUGUUUAGAACUAACUAAAUUGGGUGUGGCUGUUUUAAUUAACUCUCAUUAAACAACUUAAUCAGUCCUAGCGGAUAUUUAAGUCGGCGAAACACCCCUGGGGCAAGAAAACUGGAAUUAUUUUUUUCGCUUUAGGUUAAGUCAGUGAAUCAUGAAAUUCAGCCACAAAUGAUUGUUAUUAUUAAUUAACAUGCUCUUGUUAAGUAAUAGGAGGAAUUGUAGCAUAAAGUUUUUGUAAGAUGUCACGUCUAGCGGAUUAUUUUGUUGUUGUUGGGUAUGAUCAUGAUAAAGAACGCAGUGGUAUAAGCAAUGGCAUUAUAUUACAACGAUUCCCUGAGAAAGACUGGAAAGAUACACCAUUUAUAGAAGGAAUAGAAUGGUUCUGUCAGCCACAAGGAUGGGCUUUGGGCACAGAAAGGCAAGAGCCGAGGUUUUUCGUAUCCGUACUCACAGAUAUCGACGCAAACAGGCAUUAUUGUGCCUGCCUGUGCUUUAAUGAGACUGUUUCAAUAACUCCGAGUAAACCUGUGGAUGAGGAGGAAGAUACAGUGGAUACAGAUGCUCCUCUAGUGAGGCCAAUACCAUCUAUAACGCAUCAUAGCAUAAUGUAUGCCCCAAAAUGUUUAGUUCUUGUUUCGAGGCUGGAUUAUAUUGAAACUUUUAGAAACUGCCUGGGCAUAAUAUACACAGUGUACAUAGAAAACAUGCCUGUCCCUCUGGAAACCCUGGUGGGCAACAUACUGGGCUGCAUACAGGUCCCGCCGCCGGGGGGGCCGCAAGUUCGCUUCAGCAUAGGCGCGGGCGACAGGCAAGCGUUGCAGCCCCCUUUGAGCCCCUCCCUUCCCGUAACGUACACGUCGGUGAACCUGCUGUUCCAUCAGCUCGGGAUUCGCAACGUCCUCACGCUGUUCUGCGCCAUCAUGACCGAGCAGAAGAUCCUCUUCCACUCGAAGAGCUACAACCGGCUGACGGAGGCGUGCAGGGCAUUGACCGCGCUCAUGUACCCCUUCAGGUACAGCCACGUUUACAUCCCGCUGCUGCCGGCGCCGCUGGUCGAGGUGCUUUCCACGCCCACGCCCUUCAUCAUGGGCGUGCAUUCCUCCUUGAAGACCGAAGUUGCCGAGCUGAUGGACGUCAUAGUAGCCGACCUGGACGGCGGCUCCAUAACGAUCCCCGACGGAGUCUCGCUCCCCCUGCUACCCGAACCGCUCCUCAGCCAAACUCAGGAAGCGCUCAGCAUCAUCCUGCAGCCGGAGUUGUGCUGCGCGGACCACGCGUUCCCCCCUCUGGCGGUGCGCGCGCCGCAACCCGUGAUGCUCGACAAGGAGAUCCGCGCCAUCUUCAUGCGCACGUUCGCCCAACUCCUCCAAGGCUACCGCAGCUGCCUGACCUUGAUACGCGUGCACCCCAAGCCUGUUAUCACGUUUCAUAAAGCUGCAUUCCUCGGCGAAAGGAACUUGAAAGAGUGCGAUUUCACCACGCGAGUGCUCGACUGCAUGUUCUUCACCUCGUUCGUGUCGGAAAGGGGCCCACCGUGGCGCCCCUGCGACGUGUGGGACGAGCUGUACAGCAACUUGGGAGAGUUGCACAAGUGCGAGGUGCAAGAGCCUCGAUUGGUUUUGGCGCACAUACAGGAACUAGCUCAACAGUUGUACACCAACGAGACGCCCAAUCCGCAGUCGUACGCGCAGAAGAUAUUGGUGCCGUCGGAGGGCGCUUUCGCCAGGAUCCAUCAGCCACCUUUGCCGAAAGUCUGCCCCGAACAAGUGCAAGCCAUCAUCGACGAUGGGUUUUUGAAGGACAACAUUAAAUCCAGGUUGUCCUCAUUGAGGCCCAUACAGCCCAGGAUUGUUCCUAUGGGUCCUCAUAUAUCAAAUUUAAACGAAAAUAAGAAUAUCGUUAGUAAUUCUGCUAGAAGACUAGAGGUACUGCGCAACUGCGUAAACUGCAUCUUCGACAACAAAAUUUCGGACGCCCGAAAAACCUUCCCGGCCGUUCUAAGAGCUUUACAGUCCAAACAAGCGCGUCUUGCUCUCUGCAACGAGCUAUCCCAACACGUCAGCGGCACCAAAGCCAUGCUGGAGCACCAACAGUUCGACCUGGUGGUGAGGCUCAUGAACUGCGCGUUGCAAGAUGCGUCUUCGAUGGACGAGCACGGGGUGGCGGCCGCGCUGUUGCCGUUAGCAACGAUCUUUUGCAGGAAGUUGUGCACCGGCAUCAUCCAGUUCGCGUACACGUGCAUACAAGAGCACCCCGUGUGGCAGAAUCAACAGUUUUGGGAGGCUGCGUUCUACAUGGACGUGCAGAAGGACAUCAAGUCGCUGUACGCCAGCAGGGUCGAUAGUUUGUCGCCCAGACUAAACAACGAUUCUAUGGUGAGUCCUACGUCGCCGCGCGACAGCAAGGACUUCACGUGGCAACGCCGCUCGACGAUGCUGAACCGCGUGCAAGAGGCCACAGCUCUGGAGAUCGCGGCGGAGCAGAUGCGCAUCUGGAACUCGAUCGAGCAGGAAAAGCAGAAGGAUCUGGUCACGUGCGAGGAGAACACGAUGUACAGCCAGGCGAUACACUACGCCAACAGGAUGGUCUACCUGCUCAUACCGCUCGACAUCGGCAGCAAGCACGCGCACAGGCACGACAGCAACUACGACGACGAGCGCGCCAGCAACAGCAUUGCCAACAGUGUUGCCGAGAGCGACAGCGCAGACGCGGAAUCGGGCUUCGAAGACCAAGACCCGAGCGAAACCGGUUUGAACGUGAUUCGGAUAGUUUCGCGUUUCAUCGACAAAGUCUGCAACGAAGGCGGAGUUACGCGAGAGCACAUUCGCAAUUUGCACGCCAUGAUACCAGGAGUCGUUCACAUGCACAUAGAAACCCUAGAGGCAGUACACAGAGAGUCCAAGAGACUUCCUCCGAUUCAGAAACCGAAAAUUUUGUCCCCCAACAUGUUGGUGGGCGAGGAGUGCAUCAUGGAGGGGCUAAGAGUGUACCUGUUACCCGAUGGAAGGGAGGAAAGUGGACUUUUGGGGGGGCCGCCUCUAUUGCCGGCGGAGGGAGCCAUUUUCCUCACCAAUUACAGGAUCAUCUUCAAGGGGAUUCCUUGCGAUUCGUUCGCAUGCGAGCAGGUGAUCGUGCGGUCGUUCCCCGUGACCUCCGUCACGAAGGAGAAGAAGGUGGCCGUGCACCUGGCCCACCUCGACCAGCUGCUGCAGGAGGGCCUGCAGCUGCGCUCGUGCGGCUUCCAGCUGAUGAAGCUGGCGUUCGACGAGGAGGUGACGGCGGAAAACGUCGACACGCUCAGGAAGCUGAUCCACAAGAUAAGGCAUCCGCCCGACGUGUUCCAUCAUUUCGCGUUCACCGGGCAGGUGGCGGUCAUCCAGACGCCGCUGCACAAGAACAAGGAGAAGAACGCGACGUUGCGCGGUUUCGCCAAGAAGACGCUGCUGAAGACCGCGCGCAAAGCCGGCUUCAAGCAGAAGUCGAGCAGCAAGAGGCAGAAGUACGUCUUGCAGAACAUCAGCGGAAACGGGGAAAGCAACAAAUAUCUUACGUCGCCCGGGCGCAUGAGCCUCCCCGUGGACGACUUCAAUCACCACCACCUUCACCACCACCACCACGACGACGAAGCGUCCAUGGACGACUUCGAAUCGGGACCGCCGUCGAUGGUGCAGGCGCCAACUGACGCCAAAACGCUGGAGCGCCUCGCCGAGAGGAGUUACGUGCGCGACUGGCAACGUCUGGGACUCUGCGGGCACGGUUCCUCCUCCUCCUCCUCCGCCGCCGGCAGCAAAACCUCGCCCGACCACUUCAGACUCACCUCCGUCAACUCCAUCUACAUGAUGUGCAGAAGUUAUCCAGCAUUACUGGUGGUUCCUGCAGCCGUAACCGACGAGAGCAUAAGACGUUUCUGUAGGUGCUACAGGCAGGGCCGUAUCCCCACCAUAACCUGGCGCCACUCGCGCACCAAGGCGCUACUGAUAAGGGGCGCAGGUCAUCACGGCAAAAGCGUCAUGGGCAUGCUCAAAAGUCAUCCGGCGCCGAAUGCCUCCACCGAAACGACUUCCUCCUUCGAGCAAGAAAGAUAUUUGUCGGCUUUGGUAGCGGCAACUCCAGUUUUUUCCAUGAGGCCCACUUCCACCUGGGGCAUGUAUGAUAGUUCUCUGAGUAUAGACUCCUUGCUCAUUGCAGCAGAUGAUGGUUUGGCUUGCACGACUCUCACGCCGGAAGUUGCUAGAAGAUCAAAUCCGUUCAACAAAGCCAUUGGAACAUUGGGCGUGUUUCCGCGCUCGUCGGGCGGCAAGGGGCCGAAGAACUUCGGCCGCUGGGGCUCGCUGAAAGACAAGCGCCAGAGUUCGCAGGCGUCCCUGGCGGCCGCGCCGCAGAGCCGCCCGCAUCCGCACCACAACCGCCACUCGAGCGACGCGGACAACGGCGCGGACGGCGGCGGAGGCGGCGGCAACGUGCACACGCUGCAGAAGGCCGCCCUCUACAUCCUGGGCGAGAAGGCGCAGAUGAAGGGCGUGAAGGUGGAGUCGGCGCCCAAGGCGGACUUCAUCCCCGUCGAUUACUACGACAUCAGGCACACUAAAGCGGCGUUCAAGAAGCUGAUGAGGGCCUGCGUGCCCAGCUCCUUGAACGUGGAGCCCGAGCAUAGUUUUCACAAACUAAUCGAAAACUCCGAAUGGCUGCAGCAGAUCCAAAACAUAAUGCAGCUGUCGGGGGCGGUGGUCGACCUGCUCGACCUGCAAGGCUCCUCGGUGUCGAUAAACCUCGAAGACGGCUGGGACACGACCGCGCAAGUCUCCAGCGUGGCGCAAAUAUGCCUCGAUCCGUACUACAGAACGCUCGAAGGGUUUCGGAUACUGGUGGAGAAGGAGUGGAUCGGUUUCGGGCACCGGUUCAGUCACAGGAGCAACCUGAACAGCAACUCCCAAACGUCCGGGUUCGCUCCGACGUUCUUGCAGUUUCUGGACGUGGUGCACCAGAUACAGAACCAAUACCCGAUGGCGUUCGAGUUCAACGACUACUAUUUGAGAUUUCUGGCGUACCAUUCGGUAUCGUGCCGGUUCAGAACCUUUCUGUUCGACUGCGAGCUGGAAAGAGUGGAAUCGGGAGUGGCAGCGAUAGAAGACAAGCGCGGUUCUUUGACCUCGCACCACAAAUCCGUGGACACGAUAUCCGACGACGAGAACAUAUAUCCGGGCGGCCGUUGUGCCACGACCACUCAGGGCGCGAACCUCGGCCAGUCGGUGUUCGACUACGUGGAGAAGCAGCACGCGCGCACCCCGCUCUUCUUCAACUUCAUGUACACCCCUGACUUCGAGCAUCCGGUUUUGCGGCCGCAAAACCACCUGCCCAGUCUCGAGGUGUGGCAGUACUACUUGGAUGAGGAUCUGAAGCACGGGCCUUGCUACGAUCCGGAGAUUAUCCAGAUGGAUAGUCAGCAAGAGGAAGAAGCUGAAGCUGCCGAUGGCGUGGGCAAUAAGAGCACCAGGAAGAUUGUCACGUUCGGAUAUGACUGUAUAAACAACACAGUCCCAGACGCGUUUAGUCACCUUUUAGAAGAAAUCCACAAACUGGAAACAGAACUGGGACACUUGCCGCAAAAAUGGAAAGUCCUGUGGGACAAACUCGAACUACCAAUGACAGACUCUUUAACGCGGCAUGCCUCCUUCAGCACCGCUUUAGUGCGCUCCCACGGCAGACUGGUACACAAACGGUCCACCUUGGAAAUUCUGAUGCGCGGGAAAAUGGUGGGCGCGACGGAAUCUUCGAUGGUGUACUCGCACCCGCACAGAUUCGACAGAUACAACCACACGACGCCGACUUAUUGCGACUAUUGCUCCAGCCUUUUGUGGGGACCAGUCAAGACUGGAAUGCGAUGCGUGGACUGCGGCUACAGCUGCCACGAGAAGUGCAUCGACAACGUGCCCAAAAACUGCACGAAAUACAAGACGGCGUGCGACAGCAGCGCCACGCAAACGAUGUCGGGAAACGCCGGCGACAACGGCUCGGUUUCGUCCGGCUCGGCUCGGCAGACCACCUCGAACCAGCAGUACUACGAGCAGUUCUCGUCGAACGUGGCCGAGAACAGGACGCACGAGGGCCACCUGUACAAGAGGGGCGCGCUUCUCAAGGGCUGGAAGCAGCGCUGGUUCGUCUUGGACUCCAUCAAGCACCAGCUGAGGUACUACGACGCCGUGGAGGAUUCCCAUUGCAAAGGGUACAUAGAUCUGGCGGAGGUGAUGUCAGUUAAUCCAGCCGCGCCGGCCCCAGGGCCGCCAAAAAAAACCGACGACAAAUCGUUUUUUGACCUGCGCACAAGUCGAAGGAACUACAACUUCUGCGCGACGGACAGCGCCACCGCGCAAGAAUGGCUGGAAAAAUUGCAGGCGUGUCUCCAAUAAAUAAAUUAAUGAAUUAAUUAACAAUACUCAUGAUGUAAUGUAAUCCCAAAGUUAGUCGCAAUUAGGUUGUCGACAAUAAUUUUUUUAAUAGUCAUUUUUAUCAUUACCCAUUAUUUAUAUUUUUAUAUAUUACGUGUAUUGCACAAACUAUUAUUAUUAUUAUAAAUGUUUAUUUAAAAAAUGAAAGAAAAUUAAUACAAACGCUCCUUCUCGGUGUAUUAUAAUAGCGAAAUGUUACAUAUAUUUACAAAUGUAUAUUAUAGUUUUAAUGAAAAAGUACAGCUCAAAUAGAUAGAUAAUAUUGCAAUUCCGCGGCGCACUGUUUUUCGUCACAAUAUUCACAUUAUCUUUUUUACAAAACUACAAAAAUUUAUAUCAAAUCUACUGGUGAAAAUGUUGUAGUCUCAAAAAAAUAAAACGUGAAUAUUUUCUGGAAUUUACGAUUUGACUUAUUUGGAAAGUAAUCUCCAUAGAAAGCAAUUAACUAAUCAGCACACUAGGUGCUUUCUAUGAAGAUAAUUUUCUAUGGAAAGUAAAGUCGAAAAUUUCAAGGGACUACUUAUUUUAAUUAUUGUGCGUUAAAAAAAUGCAAACCCUAUUUAAGUGGUGGCAAAAAUAUGUUUAUAUCCUUUUUUUAGUUUUUAUAAAAAAAUAUCAAAAAAGCAACUAUAUUAUCCCCAAAAUAUCGUCGUAGUAUUACUUUUAACAUUCCAGAAUUAUCUGAUGUUAACCUUAUAACAGCCAUCCACAGUAAAAAUUAUUUGGGUGUGAUAAUAUAAAAAAUUCGUUCAUUUUACUAACCUGCAAAGUUGUUAUAUAUUUGUGAUAUAUUAAUUGUUAUUUGUUAGGUUCCUAACUACGUUAAUAUGUACUAUUUUCCUGCUUUAACCGCAAUAUGGUAACUGCCAAAGUAAAUAAAUAAAUCAACACAAAUUCCCGC